CAUCUCUGUGCCGGAAUUUUGUCGAAGGCUCUCGUGGAACGAUCAGCUCUGCCAACUACCCCGGAGCAUACGACAGUGACACGGACUGUCAGUGGACCAUUCAAGGCCCCAUCGGAUCAGUCAUCGAAAUCCAGUUCACAGAGUUCAUUACCGAGGCUGGAGUAGAUGAAGUUAUUGUGCUGGGCGGUGGCCCUUCUGAAAACAAUGCCGUCACCCUUCAGAGACUGUCCGGAAACCAAACAGCCAACGGGGUAGUCCUGAGGAGCAUCAACAAUGUGCUGAUUGUGCGCUUCAAAUCUGAUGGGCAAAGACAGUUUACCGGUUUCCAGGCAACCUGGACUGCUUUGCAAACUGGGUAUCCAGAUGGCGGCCUGCUGUUGACAUCCACAAACACUUUCCAGAGCCUGACUUCCUAUGACUACCCUCGUCAGUACCUACCGAAUCAAGAAAGUGUUUUUAUCAUCUCUACUCCCGAGACCCGGCAGAUUUUGAUACUUGAGAUUCAAGCAUUUGAUGUGGCUGAAGGAGAUGUUUUCAUCGUCCGAGAUGGCCCAGAUGCAAGCAGCCCCCUGAUUACUCAGCUCACUGGUGCCAUGGAGGAAAAGCAGCUCAUCUUUUCUACAGGUCCAUCAGUGUACAUACUGUUCAAGACAACACAACAGACUGGGUUGUCAAAUUCUGGAUUUCAGCUGCGGUAUAGAACGGGCUGCUCCUUUACCCUGGAAAGUGAUAGCGGAGAGAUUUCUUCUCCUGGUUUUCCCAACCAAAACUAUGCCAACUCCGUAGAAUGUUCAUGGACCAUCAAUACUGCCUCUGGCAGAGGUAUUACAUUACACUUUGAUGACACUCGGUUCAGUGUUGAUUCUACUGAUACUAUUCAGGUUGCCCGGAUCCAGGUUUCAACAAUGACACUGUCGUUCAACCUAGCAAGGAUUCUUACAACUACAGAGAUACCAUUCAGGUGUCAUGCGAUGCCGGAUUUGUCUUUGAUAAUGAGGAGUUUUAUGAGGACAGUCCAGCUGGUCUGCAGAGCAAAACGACAGUAGGCUUGGAGUGUUUGUUUGGUGGCAAAUGGAAUGUCCAAAAUACUCCAAACUGCAUUCGAAGACACUGUGAUAUACCCCCUACCGUCACCAAUGGAUACGUUGAGUCUGGGACUGGAGUUGUGUAUGGAUCUCAGGUUACAUAUCGAUGUAGAAAUGGAUAUCGAUUGCAAGGGCUUGGUACAGUGAGCUGCAACAUAAACGGACUCUGGGACAAUGUUCCUAUCUGUGUUGAGGUGCAGUGCCAGUUUCUGAACUUGGCCUCAACGCUAGCUGCGGAGACGCUCGUGACUGGCAAUGGCCGGAGUGCAGGCAGCAUCUAUAACUUUACUUGUCCUCCGGGGUAUCAGCUCUCCGGAUCCCCUAUCAUUGUCUGCCAAGACACUGGCAGUUGGAGCGAGGUCCCUCCAGUUUGUAAAAGAUUGCAGUGCGUGGUGCCCACAGUUGAUAAAGCCAUUGUCCAAACAAACUCGCUGUUCUUUUCAUUUGGAGGUUCUCUGAGAGUUGUCUGUAAUGAGGGAUAUGUGAUUGCUGGAACCGCGAGCAGAGUUGCGUCUAUCAUUUGUGGUGCAGACCAAACGUUUGGUGUGCUUCCAGUGUGUGAAGUGUCCAGUUUUGACUACUGCUCAAGCAACCCCUGUACUGCCAAUGAGGUCUGUACAAGUGUGAUUGGUACACAUCAGUGUGAUUGCAGGGAAGGUUUUAGGCGGAAUGGCACACUCUGUAUUGAUAUAGAUGAGUGUGAAGAAGACACUGACGGAUGCAGUCAAAUAUGCAACAACAUUGAUGGGGGCUACGUGUGCUCUUGCCAAAAUGGAUUCUCUCUGUACACGGUUGAUGGGCUCAAUGGAUACGAGAUCCCCAGUUCUGAGACAGGACUCAAGGCUGGAGACGUUUACCGGAUCAAUCACAGCUGUGUUUCAAAACUUUGUCCUGAUCCAGGCGAGGUUGUUAAUGGCUAUCUGACUAAACCACAAACUAUGUAUCAUGUUGGAGACAGCAUCACUAUUGGUUGUGACAUUGGUUUUGUGCCACUAGGAAGUGUGAAUACGGCGAGUUGUGAUGUUUCUGGGGUCUGGACGCCAAGAGUUCCCACCUGUACAGUCGUUCAGUGUCCUCCAGAUGUACUUCCAACUUUGAACAACCCACCUCUGGCCAUAAAUCCGAGAACAGCGGUCAACUACGGAGAAACGGUUAGCAUUACCUGUCGGAUUGGUGGUGCUACUGUGACCACUAAGUCCAGGAAGUGUGUCUAUAACCCCACCACCCUCAGCUACCAGCUGCAGGGGGACAGUUAUGAAUGUGGAGAGAUUGACUGUGGAGACCCCGAAGUCCACCUACCGACAGGAGCAGCAGCCCUUUUCUUGGGGCCUGGAGACAGCUCAACAACAUUUGGUAGCCAGUUUGUUUUUGCUUGCAAGUUCCCGUAUUUCAAACGUGGGGAUGAUCAGGAAUCUAAUGUCACAUGCCAGCUCAACGGGACUUGGAGUUUGGGAGAACUGGAUUGCAUCUAUGGCUACUGUCCUGACCCGGGCAGAGUUCCAGAUGGUAAUACGGUCAUAGAAGGUUACGAAUUCAACAACUCCACAAGUUACUCUUGCUCCAGACAGGGCUUUAACAUUGUGCCUAAUGUUGAGCUUCGAUGUGAGAACGAUGAGAACGGUGUAGCUCUGGACUGGAGCGCACCUCCUCCUGUUUGUGUUGACCAGGAAAAUCCACUCUUCAUUAACUGUGAAGACGAAGACCGCUCCAUCUUGCGAUACUCCGAGGUUGUCAUACCGUCUCCUGAAGCGACGGACAAUUCAGGUUCCUGGGCCAAGCUUACUGUAGAUCCACCUUAUUUUGUGUCUGGUCAAGCCUUGGCCAAUGACCUCAAUGUCACCUACACUGUGAGGGAUCAUGAGGGACUGACGGACACCUGUGUCAAGCGUUUCUUUGUUCUGGAUACCACAUUGCCAGUGAUCAAGUGUCCAAAUCCUGUCAUUCUGUACGUAACACUGGGAAACUCGGUCGACUACGAAUUCAUGGACUCGUUGAUCGACUCCUCGGAUGAUAACGCUGUUGUCUUCACUGCUUUCUCCCGGCCAAACAUCACAGUGAGCUACAGCGACAUUGGCUCUGUGUUUGACAUCCAAGCCACUGUGUAUGAUGCGGCAAGCAAUACUGCUUCAUGUCUGUUCCAAGUCGAAGCUAGAGUUCAACUAUGUGGUGAGGACUCUUUGACUACACCACCCAACACGGAGAAAUCGUGCGUACCAACACAGAGUGGAGGCUACACCUGUACUUUUACCUGCCCACCAGGGUACUACUUCUAUGAAGAUUACCCCAAUGAACAGUUCAAUACUACGUGUGAGCCAAGCGUAGGCUUCGAUGUGGAGCACGUGCCAGUGUGCGCUGACUGCCUUCCAAUUUUCCCUGGACGUUUUGUCGGCCACCUUUCUUGAUCUAGACGAGUAUCGUAUUUGUUUAGACAAGCUGGACGCUCAGAUGAAGCUCCUGGGCAACAGAGAUAACUCCUCAGUGCUGGCUCCACUGCUCGAUCUAGAGGUGGAAUCAUGUCUGGUGAUAUCUGUCGACUCCACUCUGACCGUAGAGGAAGCUGUCUGUGAGACGAAUCUUGGCAAGCGUGUGGUCAAUAAUGCAGAAGUUUGUUUGAGAUGUCCUCGAGGGACCCAUCGAGAGAGCAGCCAGGAGUGUGUCAAGUGCCCUGUUGGAACAUACUGGGUGGAGUCUCUCUACCUCAACCUGGGCCAGUGUGCUCUCUGCCCUGCAGGCUACUCCACAGCUGGGAUUGGAUCAACUGGACCCGAGUUUUGUAUCCGUACAUGUGCUGACAACUAUGUGUCGAGCAGUGGUGUCAUUCCCUGUGUUGAGUGCUCAGGCAACACAUACAGGUACAACAGAACAUACUGCGCCUCGUGCCCGGCUAACACGCUGGCCUUGAGGGCUGAGAGCCCCCUCUAUUCCAACUGCACUGCGAAUGCGGAUGUGUGUAGCUAUACACAGAUUGCCAACACUGAGUUCAUAAGCCCGCAGCGCGUUGUUCAGAACCAGUCGGUGGAGGAGUGCAAGAACGUGUGUGAGGGCUGGGACAAGCUCACUCCACGCAGCUCAUGUGUGGGGUUCAGCUACCUCAAAGCUUCUACACUGUGCAUUAUACAUGACAUGACAGGCACAGAGAGCGCCAACCCAGAGUACGACUUCUAUCAACGGAACUGCUUCAGCGAUGAUCAGGAAGCCUGCUUCUGUGCCCCACAAUGUCGAGAAGGAUACUACUCUGGGACAGGCCAUGAGCCCAACUGUCGACCGUGUCCUGCAGGCUUUUACAGUGCGCCAGGUGCCCAGCUGUGUACAGAAUGUUCGUCUAACCAGAUCUCCAGCCCUGGGUCGUCAUUUUGUGUGGAUGGCGCCUCAACCCUGUGUGCCACAAACCCCUGUGCGAAUAGUGGCGUGUGUCGAGUGGAAAACCACCAGUUUUACUGCGAGUGCCCUGCUGGCUUCCGAGGCAGGCGUUGUGAGGAGGAGAUAAAUGCUUGUGCUUCUUCCCCUUGUUAUUACAAUAGUCCUUGUGUGCCUCUCGCUGGUGGGACCUUCAAGUGUAAUUGUGUUGCUGGAACAACCGGUGUCCGUUGUGAAGUCAACCUCCCUGACUGCUUUCCUGACACAUGUAAUGGGCGAGGCACGUGCAUAGAUCGUAUUGGCUCAGUGUCUUGCCUCUGUGUGGAAGGUUUUACUGGACAGAGAUGUGAACAGCGAGUCGUUCUUGCAUGUGAUCGUCUGGCCUGCGACCCAGUGGGCACAGAGUCCUGCGAUGCUGUCAAUGAAAUCUACGCUGUGUGUAACUGCAAGCCAGGAUACAGUGGGCCUAGAUGUGCUCAAAAUAUUGACUCCUGCCUGUCACAGCCAUGUCAAAAUGGUGGCUCUUGUGAAGAUUUGGGCAACUCUUAUGUCUGUACAUGUGCACCUGACUUCACCGGCGAUAACUGUGAGCUCCCAGGCUUCAGCUGCGACGCCAACACUUGUCAGAACUCUGAGAGUUGUGAGGAUGAUUACAGGACUGGGGUGCCCAUGUGUAUUUGUUCACCAGGAUAUUCUCAAGAUAAGCUGUGUACUUUCUCUGCACGCUAUGGAUACAUAAUCGAAGGUGACAUGCUGGAUAACAGAAACAUGUCUAUGAAGUUCUGCCAGGCACAAUGUGUUUUUGCCAGUGACUGUGUGGGAUUUUCUUUUCAAUUUAUACCUGGGCAGCUGCAAGGUGUAUGCAAAAGCUACUCCAGAAUUGUCCUGUUUACUGAGAGGGCUGGAGUUCAAGCCAUGGAAAAGUCAUGUGAAUACGUCACAGAUGACACAUUUUACUCACCCUACAUCAGACCACGGAACUUUGGAGGUGGAAUUAACUCUACACUCAAAGACCUGAUCAUUAAGCUGGAUGAAGUUGUGUGCCAGGCAAUUGUUCAGGACUCGGUCCCGCUGAGUGCUGAGUGCCGGCUGCAGAAUGGCGGAGCUCUCCCUAGUGCUGUCAGCUGUGGUACAGCCGGGGUCUACUGCUCAGACGGGCCGGGAGUGACCUGUGCUGACCUGGAGGUUCGAUUUCUUUGUGCACGGAGUAGAGCUUCAGGAACGCAGCUGUGUAAAGCUCAAGAUAUCUGCCAGGAUGAGAGUCCUUGCGAGCGAGGUGCGUGCGUCAAUGACAGAAACGAGCCCUCUGGAUACCGCUGCCAGUGCCCUCAGGGGUAUGAAGGAGCCCGUUGCCAGCGGGAAAUAGACGAGUGCCUCACAGUAUCAGGGCCACAGGCAUGCCAGAAUGGAGCCACUUGUGUUGAUACUUUCCUCGGUUUCUCUUGCAGCUGUGCCCCAGGAUUUACAGGUCCUGUGUGUGCUACAAAUAUUGAUGACUGUCUCCAAGCCACCUGUAAUCCCGGCACCUCCCAAUGCCAGGAUCUGGUCAAUGGGUUUAGCUGUGUCUGCAAUCCAGGAUACACUGGACCUGACUGCAAUGAGGACAUUGAUGAUUGUCUGGCAGCCCCGUGCUUGCAUGGUGGUUUCUGCACGGAUCGGGUUAACGACUACAGCUGUAACUGCGUGGCAGGCUGGACAGGCCGAGAUUGUGAAACCGUCAUCUCGCAGUGUGACUUAAGCACUUGCAGUAAUGCUGCGCCCUGCUUUGACCUUUUCAAUGGAGUCUUCUGCAGCUGUCCUGAUGGGACGUUUGGGGAUUUAUGUGAAGACCGGCCAAACUUCUGCUCCGAGUCUCUCGGGUUUUGUUCAAAUAAUGCCACCUGUGUGCAGCAAAGUGCCUAUACUGCUGAAUGUAAAUGCUCAGAAGAUAAUGACGGUCAAUUCUGUGAAAGGCAGAGAAUCUUUGACUGUGGUCAGAUUACGUGUGAAAAUGGAGGAACCUGCUCUGGACCUCCAUCCUCACCUCCGCAGUGUGACUGUCCCUCAGAGUUCACGGGCAAACUUUGUGAGUCUCACGUGAACAACUGUGACACUACUGCAUGCCCACCCACCGCCACAUGCAUUGAUGGUCUCGAUAAAGCUUUCUGCCGCUGUCCUUUGGGAAACACUGGUGCUUCCUGCACUGAAGGUGUAAACGAAAGUUUUGAUAUUUGUGUUCAACCUUCGAGCGAUGCUAGUGGAGCCAGUCUGGCUUAUCCUGCCCCGUAUGACAAUACUGGAGGUUUCACGGUGAAACUGUGGGUGAAAUACUCAGUGCCUGGGGCCCAGGGUACCUACCUGUCUGUGUAUUAUUCAAGCACCGGAUACGCUGAUGAGAACCCUAUCCUCAUCUUUACCUUGGAUUCAUCUGGCUUGAACUUGAACCCUUCCCCUCUGCUGCCUUACGUAUUCAAACCCAUCAACGAUGGAAACUGGCAUUACGUCAUCAUCACAUGGGACAGAGACACUGGCCAUAUAGACUUCAUUAUCGACUUUGUCCGCCACCAUCAGAUAAAUGGCUUCUCACAGGGCCUGGAACUUGCUGGAGGAGGAUUUGAAGUGAUCGUUGGGUCGGCCAAAGAAGGCAGCCAGACAUACAGUGCCACCGUGCUGCCCUUCGUCGGCUGUGUGUCAGGGAUGGACUUGCUGAGCAGGGCUCUGGACUUUGACACUGAGGUGGAGCAGGUGGAUGACAACCCGAGCAACUUCUUGGGAGAUGUCUUUAGAUGGCAUGAGGUCAUACCCUAUGGCAAUGUGGAUGUGGAGAGACCUUCUACUGCUGCCAUCUCUCAGUGCCCCCGAGGACAGCUUAGUCCAGACUGCAGACUACCCAGAGAUGUAACUGUUCCUGGUGUGCUGGACUGCCCAGAGGACAUCUCGGUGGCCACGGUGUACAGUGAGGCCCUGGUCACAUGGACAGAACCAACUUUUGAUGGAGCGGUCAGCGUCACAUCAUCUCGUCAACCAAAUACUUACUUUACAAGAGGCGACCACACUGUCAUAUAUGCAGCAAAGGAUGAGGCUGGAAACACAGCUUUCUGUUCUUUUAAAGUUUUUGUCAAUGAGGCCAUCUGUGCAGCCAGGGAUGUCCCCCGAGGUGGAGGGGUAGCCACUGUCGUCGCUCAGUCGGGUAACGGUUUUACUGCCACGUCAGUCGGCUGCCAGACACCGAAUCUUGCUCUGGUGGACGAUGGACCCGUGGUGUACACCUGUGGGCCUGGAGGAGACUGGGAGUCUCUGCAGGACUCUGAUAACCUGUACCCAACGUGUGGCAACAUUGUUGCUGCUGCCAAAAAUGAUGUGGACAUCAGUCUGAAGUACAAGAUUGACACGCCUGUGUGUACAGACAUUAAAGAUGCUAUAGCUCUGAUAGCUCCUCAAAAGAUAGCAGAGUUGCAAGGGAGGUGGAGUGACAACAUCUGUGCCACGACGACCUGCUCGGACAUCACCGUGACCGUAAACUGUGACAAUCUGCCAGAGACCGCUGUCAACAUUGGGCUCAAGAAUGUGGACUCUCAGCUUUCAAAUGGUGUUCAGACGCUACCUGUUCAACAAGUCCUACUUUCUGAAAUACUGGACAAUGAUCUUCUGGCUUUUACAGACAUCUUCCCUCAAGCUGAGUUGGAUCCUAAUCAGCUUGAGGUCUCUGCAUCCCUUGUCUGUCCUGCUGGUCAGGUUGUGAGAGCUGAGAGCUGUGUGUCCUGUGGCCCAGGCACCUUCUACAACAGCUCCACCGUGCACUGUGACAACUGCCCUGUGGGCAGCUACCAGACAGGUUACGGUCAGCCCAGCUGUGUUGGCUGUGCAGUGGGGCAGACCACACAGAGAGUGGGCAGUGAAAACCCAUCUUUGUGUGCAGCCUCCUGCGCAGUGGGCCAGUUCUACAGCACAACACUUGGAUCAUGCACUGACUGCAUCCUGGGCUUUUACCAGGAUGAAGAGGGUCAGUUUGAGUGCAAAGCUUGUCCUGUUGGGGAGACCACUGGUCAACUUGGGUCCAUAUCUUCUUCUGCUUGUUCAGAGGGGUGUGAGUCUGGAGAGCAGCUGCUUCCAACAGGCAACUGUGCACCAUGCCCCGCGGGUACCUACAGGCAGCUGGGUGUGAAUCUGGUGUGCACGGCCUGUCCCUCUGACUACACCACGCCAGACGACAGCAGCAUCUCGGCAGACAACUGCACUGUGUUGAAAUGCCCUGCAGGAUCAAAAGCCAAUGUUCAAAACACUGGCUGUGAGCUGUGUCCAGUGGGAGAGUACCAGCCUGACAGGAACCAGAGAGCCUGCCUUGAAUGUCCAGUUAACUUCACGACAUCAUCUACUGGGACGGUCAACCAGAACAGCUGUGAGAAAUUCUGUCCCUCUGGGCAAGAGCUGGUUUCAAACACGUGUGUGGAUUGUGAUAUCGCCUUCUACAAGGACAACAACGAUGGACGUCUACAGAGGUGUCAGCCUUGCCGUCCUGGAUACCUGACCCUCUCUACUGGCGCAGUGUCACCCAGUGACUGCAGUGUCCGAAAUUGCACGUCAGGAACAAGAAUCGUUGAUGUGGGGGCAGGCAUCUUGCAGUGUGUCCCGUGCGGAUUAGGCACCUACCAGCCUUUGAAUUAUCAGACGGAUUGUGAACCCUGCCCAGGGCAAAGCUACACACGAGUACAGGGAGCCACCGCCCGUAGCCAGUGUGAAACAUACUGUGACUCUGGCUUUGAGAGUGUGAGUGGUCAGUGCGUGGAAUGUUCUCGGGGCUACUACAAGGACAACUCCGUGGACAGGUUUGGUCAGUGCACCAUCUGUCCCAACAGCGACUUUAUCACAGCUGGUAGUGCAACUACCUCAGUAGCAGGAUGUAAUGUUGCUAAUUGCAGUGCUGGUUCCUUCCUGCCUACCGGGAGUAACACGUGUCAGUUGUGUGGCCUGGCGGAAUACCAGCCGGAGAAGUGGCAGACCAGUUGCCUCGGCUGUCCUGUGGACACAACCACUCCACAGCUGGGAGCUGUCAGUGAAAGCGACUGCUUUUUGAAUUGUCCUGUUGGGAAGGAAGACAUUAAUGGUGCGUGCAGGGAGUGCCCUAUCGGCUACUUCAAGAUUACAGUCGGCACUGGCAGUUGUGAGAAAUGUCCAGAUGGGUUCAUCACCAACUCCACAGGGUCAACAAGUUCGACAGACUGUGAGCUCAGUGACUGCCAGCCCGGCACCUACAGAGACACCAGGUCCACGUGCCAGCCCUGUCCUUACGGUCAGUUCCAGCCAGCAGAGCGGCAGGAUAAAUGUAUAGACUGCGCAACUGGGACCACCACCCUGCAAACUGGGGCUCGGCUCUCUUCUCAGUGUGUCUUGGACUGUGAAGUGGGAAAGGAGCUGUCUCCCACUUUAGACGAGUGUGUCCCUUGCCCUCAGGGGUAUUUCCGUGACAAGAGCUCGCCGUCCCAAACAGCUUGUGUUGUUUGUGCUGUAGAAUUCAUUACUGCUACCACAGGGAGUGACGAGGCUUCUGACUGCAAUGUCCGCAACUGUACUAGUCCUGGCCAAUUCCGCAAUGCUGCCACAAAUGAGUGUGUGGAUUGCCCGCUUGGCUCUUACAACAGCGAGAAGUGGCAGGAUGAAUGUACCUCAUGUCAGACUGGCUUCACAACUAAGAGCACUAGGAGAGAGACGGAAGACGAAUGUUAUCGCAUUUGCCCAUCAGGUCAGCAGGUAAAUGAGGCUACCAAUCAGUGUGAGGACUGUGGCCUGGGCUUCUACAGGGAUGCUUCAUCCUCUUGGAAUUGUCAGGAAUGUCCAACGGAUUUCACCACCGCAACAGCACAGGCAACCUCUUCUGAUGAUUGUAGCAUUUCCUCAUGCUCUGCGGGUCGCUUCUGGAACUCAACUUUAUCUGUGUGUGAGGAUUGCCCAUUGGGAACGUACCAGUCGACGGCGGGCAGCUCUAGCUGUGAGAACUGCCCACAAUUCCAAGUCACCAUACAAGUUGGGUCCACAGCCAGCUCACAGUGCCUAACUAAGUGCGCUGCUGGAAGCCACUCUUGCUCUGCAAAUGCCGACUGUGAAGACACUGACACGGGAGGAACUACUUGUACCUGCAAGUCUCGCUACCAGGGUGACGGGGUAGUGUGUACACAUUUCUGUGACUUGCCUGAUCCGUACUGCUUGAAUGGCGCAACAUGCUCCAAGGAUAGCUCUGUUGUGUGCUCUUGUACGGAGGUUUACACUGGGAUCCGUUGUGAUAUUAGGAAACCGGCUGAGUUGGUGUCCGAUGAUGAGACCAUUACCAUUGUUGCUUCCACUGUGGGAUCAGUCGGCUUUCUCUUGCUCCUCAUACUUCUACUGAUUUUCAUUAUCAGAAGAUUAAGAACAAAGCCGAGGUACAAAGCAUCCCCUAGUGAGACGGAUGCGGAAAGUUACUUCGCCAAUUCCUCCCUGGGGAGGUCCUCAGGGAUCAUUACCCGAGCCAACACUAAGAGCUAUGUGUCAAAUUUUGGAGUUGACUCAAAUAGCGAUCCAGCAAUUUAUGUCAGUGACAAAGGUGCACAAGCUGAUUUGAACGUUUCUUUUUAUACGUUGGAUAAUAAUGUGUAUGUCUGAGCAUAGAAACAAGUUUUUGCAGAUUUUUAUUUUGAAAUUACUUGUGUUGUGAGCCCCUAUGGAAAACUCUCAGUAUAAGGGCCGGAAAUUUCUGUUGAUAAUGUAAUUUGUCAUGUCUGUUUGCUGUGCUCUGGCAUAAAAUGUUUGAAUCAGGCAUGGGCAAACAUCUAAGAGUCGCUGGCUGGAUUAAGCAAUUCUGAAUAUUUCUCGGGCUAACGCAGGAGGAAUUGGGUGAGAGCAGUGAAAUGCCCAAGCUCUCAAAAAUGAGACUAAAACUGAUGCUAUAGCAUGAACUGUCACUAAGGCCAUGUCAUGAAAUAAAAGAUUAAAUCUAUUGCUUCCAGCUGGGCUGGUGGGAACAAGCGAUUUCAGUUUUCAAGACGGAAACUGACAGUUUUGUUUUUAUUGAUUAUCAUCUCACAGCGUUUUACAUUCUUGAUUGAUUACUGGAUUGACUUGAGGGCCAGACUGAAACUGCCCAUGGGCCGCAUCUGGCCUGCGGGCUGUAGUUUGCUCGUGCCUGUGUUAUAUGGAAAUUCAGAAAGUGGAAAAGAGACAUUUUCAAAAUAUAUGCUCAAAAUAUACCUCCAGAUUGAACUAUAUUUUAGGAACAACAAAAUGCUUUCAGGUGAUUAGUUAUUCUUUGUGGACACUGCUGACCUUUCUUGUAGUUCAUGUAUUUGGAAAUACUCAUAGUAGUGCGGGAUUCAUCACUGGAAAUUUUGAGUUUUAUGUUUUGUCUUGUGGAAAUGUUCAAAAGCCAAAGAGAUUGUAUGAAUGGCCAGUUUUAGUUUUGCCUGUCUCACUACUUUCAAGUAAAAUUUCUCUAUGCAAUCUUAUGAAAAGUUAUAUAUACAUGUAUAUGUUGUAUACUUUCAUUCAUAUAAUAUAUAAGGAAGCUACAAUAAGUUCUGAGCAUUUUUUUUCUCAGUUUGCUGCUGCUUGCCUUUUUUUAGUCCUAUCGCAAGGAUGUGCUGGUGGGAAUGUGGUGUCAAAUCAGUGACUUAUUAUGAAACCUACCGAGCAAUAGUUGACGAUAUCAUUUUUUUCUUGCCUGUUUCUUUCCUUUCUGUUUGGAAAUGCUGUAUUAGGUUGAAGUUUGGUGUUUUCAUUAGUUAGAAUGAUUGCUGAGUGGUGAAGUAGGUACACAAAAGUCUUUGGAAAAGACUGUUACCUGUACUCCAAAAUGACUCAGAAUUGUGCCAAAUGUGUUUCCGUUAUCGUCUUUAUUUGGAAUGCCUGCUUUUUAAAAAGACUUCAAAAAUACAGCAUACUAUUAAUUUAACUUUUUUGGCUUUUCCAAUAAACUUUCCCUCUAUUUAGGUAAAAAGAUAUUGUUGUUCUUGCUGAAUUCAUCAAUGUUUGCAUCAUUCAUUAGUUUGAGUUUGUUGCCAUUGAAUGAUUUGAAUCACUCUGAGUGCUGACGUUAUCUUGCUCAAACCUGAUUGAAUGAAGUAUUUUCUUACUAAAAUUGUUAAAUAGUUUAUGUCAAUAGCAAAUCCAGAACUGGUCUCUCUUUUCUCAGAAGUGUUUCAAAUUUGUACUCCAAGCACUAAAAUUGUCGAGUUAAAACAUUAUUCUGGGAUCACGAUUCGUUAAAAUUGACUAAACAAUCUGCAAAUAUAUAUUUAUAUGUUUGAAUACUGCAGGAAAAUUUUUGUUAUUUGUUUUUUUAUUUUAUCUUUUGCACAAUAUUGUCACACCACAAAGCUUCCAGCUUCGCAGUUGCAAGUCUUGUCUGAUGUAAAUAUAUAGGCAAAGAUAUCAUUACUGGCAACAAUCAAAAUUAAAUAUGUAACUAUUCUGUACACACUAAUGUUCCUAAUAAAAUUAUUGUUGCUUACUUCUCUGUAAAACUGAAACCUUUCACAUAAAUUGCUUUAUUUCACAUACCUAUUUGAAUUGAUCUCUUGCCCUCCCUCUAGUUGAAUUAACCUGUUACCUAGACGGAUAAGCUUUCAUGUACGGAGUGUUUCUGAGCCCAAAUAUUUUACUAACAUUCCAUGUAUCUGUUCACAAGUGUUUAUAAAGCAUCAUCUCAGGACCAUGCCCUUGGUAUGAACACAAAUACAUCCAAUGCUGAUAAGUGAUUUAUGUGUUCUUGUUACAUUUUGUGCUGUCCUUGUAUAUCCCUGUUUACUGAAUUCAUUUGUCAAUAGAUUUGUUUUCCUCCUUCAGGGAAACACUUUCUUAUUAUGACGAGAUGAGUUUAUGUUUUAAUAAAUAAAAGCAAUUUUUAACAAAAA